CACCGAAGAAGAGAAACAGAACGUAGAGAGAAGAAAUAGAAGGUGUUUUUGCCUUGGAAGAUCCAUAAAGGGCUGGCAUUUCCUGCAACUUGAUUCUCUGGUUCCCGUUAUUGGGAAUCAGAGGAUUGUCUCUUAUUCUCCUUUCUUUGUAUUGUAUUGUCCAAGUACCCACAUUGGUUUCUUGUUGCAGAAACUACCUUUUUUGUUAACGAAAGGAACGAACUUUGGAAGAAUUUUCAUGGAGGAUUAAUGGUUUUUAUAAGGUUGAAGAAAAUCAAAAUCUGGGUCUGUGUGAUUAUCUCAAAUGGGUAUCUCACAAACUGAAGGCAAAAUGGAAGGGUGGUUGUAUACCAUUGGCUCCAAUCGGUUUGGUUUGCAAUUCUCGCGCAAACGCUACUUCAUUCUUCAUGAAAACAGCCUCAAAAGCUACAAAAUGAUACCCACUUCAGAUAAAGAGGAGCCAGUCAGAAGUGCCAUAAUAGAUUCCUCCAUUCGUGUUGCUGAUGAUGGAAGAGAGAGCAUUCACAGAAAAGUGUUCUUCAUUUUCACUCUUUAUAAUAAUUUAAAUCAUCAUGAUCAGCUUAAGCUGGGAGCAAGUAGUUCAGAAGAAGCAGCAAAAUGGAUUCGUUCCUUAAAGGAUGUCGCAAUAAAGGAGUUCCCAAAUUCAGCAAAUAAUUUGGUGGCUUGUUCUAAAAAGGGAUGGACACCUCUAAGAUUGUCUUUCACAAAAGGAAGAGAACAUACAAGAUCUAUUGACUGGACUAACCACUUAUCCAUACACACAGAGGCAAUGACAUCUGAUGUCAUUGCACCCUCGCCGUGGAAAAUUUUUGGCUGUCAGAAUGGAUUAAGGCUUUUCAAAGAAUCAAAAGAUUGGGAUUCCCGUGAGAGGCAUUGGGAUGAUAAUCCGGCAAUAAUGGCAGUUGGUGCAGUAGAUGGAUCUUCAGAGGCCAUUUUCCGGAUUCUUAUGUCUCUUGGUCCCUCAAGAUCAGAGUGGGACUUCUGUUUUUACCGAGGCAACGUGGUUGACCACCUUGAUGGUCAUACAGAUAUCAUUCGGAAAGAGUUAUACAGUGAUUGGCUACCUUGGGGGAUGAAGAGGAGGGAUCUACUGCUGCGGCGCUAUUGGAGAAGAGAAGAUGAUGGCACAUAUGUAAUUCUAUACCACUCUGUGUAUCACAAGAAGUGUCUACCGCAGAAGGGCUAUGUUCGUGCUUGGCUUAAAAGUGGAGGAUAUGUAGUUACUCCUGUGAACCAAGGGAAACAGUCACUCGUAAAACACAUGCUUUCUAUUGAUUGGAAGUUCUGGAAAUCAUAUUUGCGUUCGUCUUCUGCAAGAUCCAUAACCAUUCGUAUGCUUGAGAGAGUUGCUGCAUUAAGGGAGCUAUUCCGAGCACGAACUGGAAAUUUUUCCUCAGAAAUUUUAUCUAGAGAAGUGGGGAGAGCCACGGAGUUGCUUCAAAGUGACAACACAGAUGCUAAGAAUGAAGUUCAAGAAUCAGAAAAGAACGAGAAAAUCGGAGAGAAUGCAGCUUUACUGGAUGAUGGGCUAGAGAAAAUCACAUCUGGGCGUACGAGUUUGAUGGGCCUGAAUGAUGCCUGUGAUGAAUUCUUUGAUGUUCCUGAAGCAACGGAUUAUGACCACUAUGAAAAUGGGUGGUCUUGUGCAACUAGCCCUGAUCUACAUUCUCAGAGUAGCCACCAGUCAAGACUGCCAUCUGCUGCUGGUCUCGUGAAAAAGUUGCAUGACCUUGCUGUUCAGAAGAAGGGUUACAUGGAUCUACAAGAGGUGGCUAGGGAAGACGGCUUCUCCUGCCCCUAUGGAGCUACCCUCCAAAAGGACUCGAGCUGUAGUUUGCCUUGCUCUUGGGCUGCUGCUGAUCCUUCCACUUUUUUAAUACGAGGAGAAAAUUAUUUAAAAGACCAUCAGAAGACGAAGGCAAAAGGCACCUUGAUGCAAAUGGUAGGUGCAGAUUGGUUAAGAUCUGACAAGAGAGAAGAUGAUCUUGGCAGCCGCCCUGAUAGUAUUGUCCAGAAAUAUGCAGCAAGAGGUGGACCAGAAUUUUUCUUCAUUGUUAAUAUACAGGUUCCUGGCACAACCACGUAUACAUUGGCAUUAUAUUACAUGAUGAAAACUCCCCUAGAAGAAAAUCCUUUGCUCUACAAAUUUGUAAAUGGGGAUGAUGCCUACAGGAAUUCAAGAUUUAAGCUCAUACCAUACAUUUCCAAGGGAUCAUGGAUAGUCAAGCAGAGCGUAGGGAAAAAAGCGUGUUUGGUUGGUCAAGCGCUAGAAGCAAUUUAUUUUCGCGGGAAGAACUACUUGGAGCUUGAAAUUGAUGUUGGGUCUUCGACGGUGGCUAGGGGGGUAGUCAAUCUUGUUCUUGGAUACUUGAACAACUUGGUCAUAGAAAUGGCAUUUUUGAUACAGGGUAAUACUCAGGAAGAGCUCCCCGAAACCCUGCUUGGGACAUGUCGAAUCAAUUAUUUGGAUGCAUCGAAAUCCGCCCUAGUAGUACCAUGAUCAUUGCUAAAGGGAUUCAUAUGCUCGACUACGAGGCUGGUUGCGGGAAAUGCAGCAUGAGGAACUAAAUCUUGUAUAGCUUCCUUUCUUCUUUCUGCUGCAUCUUGAUUCUCUGGUGGGGUGAUUCAAUGUGCAUAGUGUUUAUUCUGUAAUUAUCACUUGUUAUUCUUUCCUUCUUUGUUUAUGAUGAAAAAUCAUGGGCCAAAGGCCCAUGUAAACACCGGGUUCGUCAUCAGUAAGAGUAUCUUGUGGAGGUGUUGGUGUGAAGUCACUGUUUGUGUAGUAAUUGAUAUUAUACAGUUCUCUUAAAUUUUUGCUUGUAAUACUAAUUAUUUAAUUAGUCAAUGAAUGCAAGAAGAAAAUUUCUUGUCAA